UGCUGUGAACCGGGUGCCCAAUUUCGCAUUUGUUUCUUUGAUUACUUCAUUUUAAUCCAGCCAAUCGCUAGCCCUGCGCUUCCCCGGAAUUAGCUACGUGUAGAGAAAAUCGUGAAUCGCAGACACACGAUGGCGGCCACGAGUGAAACAGUAAAACUGGAAAAACACCUCAAACUGCUUAAGGAAGAGUACACCAAGCUACAGAAAAACUACGCUGAACUGGAGCGUAAAUAUAGCAAGGCGGCCGCAGCAAGCGAAGAGCAUGAUCUUACCGGGGAGUUCAGCAGUUUCAUAUCCCGCCUGGUGAUGACCGUUGCCACUCUCUAUGGCAGGACGACAUACUCCGAUAUUACGAUCAAACUAAAGGACAAAUCCAUGCCGGCACACAAGUUUGUGCUGAAUGCACGAAGCGAAGAGUGGCGCGAGGAGGUGAUACUUGACAAGGCUGAGCUAGACUGGUCCGAUAUGGAUGCAGACGUAGGAUAUUCACUGCUUCGCUGGAUUUACACCGACGUUGUUGACCUGCAGCACGACUCACUGGCGCUGGAGCUACUGAAAACAUCCCACCGUUUCAAGCUGCCCGGUCUGAUGGGGCUGUGCGAGCGGGCUCUCGUGUCGUCCGUAUCGGUGCGCUCCUGCGUGCGAUUCUACUGCGUCGCGGAGGACGUCGGUGCGUCCAACCUACUCGAAUACUGUUCUGGACUGAUUUCCACGCACUGGGACGACCUAACGCCGCAAGACUUCGAGCACAUGUCCAGCCCGUUGCUGUACAAAAUGCUCAAAAGCAAAACCAAACAUCCGCUACACGCCGCCGUGCGGUUGCUCCGGGAGGACGUCGUAUUUUUGUGUCUCGUCGAAAACAAUGCUUCGCUACCGGAAAUUGUAAACAGCCUUUCACCUCAAGGCCAGCUUCCUCUGGGCCUCGCGCUGAUGGGCCGCAGUACGACGAUCGCACAGACCUUACUGGAGACGGGUGGGGCUGACAUUAAUGCCUUUACAUCGGAGGGCAAUACGCUGCUUAUCGAUGCGAUUAAACGUGGCGACAGUUUUACGGCACAGUUUCUGCUAGAGAAGGGGUGCAACGUGGAUCUGGUCACGCGAGAUACGUCCGACACGGCCCUGCACCUGGUCUGCACGUACUCGGAGCGCAGUACCGACCUGGAAACGCACCGGGAAAUGCUCAACAUUGGCCGGCAGCUGCUGGCCCAACAGGCCGAUCCCAACAUGCAAAACAGCAAGGGCUUUACUCCACUGCAUGUUGCCAUUAUGUCGCAGCAUGUGGAAAUGAUUGACGAACUGCUGAACGAAACCACCGUCCCCCACGUGGACACGAACGUGCGUACGAAGGACGAAAAGUGUGCCUUACAGCUGGCACUAGUGCCACCGCAUACCGACGGACCCCCGUUCGAGCUGGCCCGCCGUCUGCUGGAGCGCGGUGCGCGCACGAACGUCCUCCAUCCGGAAUCGGGCGACAGUUUGUUGCAUAUCCUCGCCAAGCAACAGCUGGAAGAUGCAGCCGUCUUUCUCACCGAUCACUGCAACCUCAGCCAUAUCAAUCGGGCCGGUUCGACGGUACUGCACGUCGCUGCCUCACAGGGCUUGGCAAAUCUAGCGCGUGCCCUGCUAGAGAAGGGCGCACCACCGAACGUGCAGUCCAGCGUGACGGAGCUCAAGUGUGCGCUGCAUUGCGCCGUCGAGGAGAACCAUUUGAGCGUUGUCGAGGCGUUUAUCGAGUACAAGGAGGAGAACCCGGACACGGUGGAUUUCAAUCUGAAAAAUGCAUUCGGUGACUCACCGCUCAGCCUUGCCCUUAGCUUGGGUUUCAACGAACUCGUACCGCUGCUGAUCAAGGGCGGAGCCGAUUUGAACGCUCGCAACGGCCAGGAUAUGACGUUGCUUCAUCAAGCCAUCCUAAAGGAGGACUCGAAGACGGCCGUCUUUCUGCUGAGUCAGGGUGCCGAUAUGAACGCACUGACGGCGGACCAAGAGUCCCCGCUGCAGCUGGCCAUUCACUGUCGGCUGGUGGACGUGGUGGAUGCCCUGUGCUCCCGGGGUGUCUCGCUAAGUGCACCGGACAAUAAGGGCGACUGUCCGUUGUGGAGUGCGCUCGAGUCGGAGCAGUUCGAGAUAGCCUCCGUGCUGGUACGGCACGGCGUCGACACGGACUGUUGGGGCCCAGGGCCGGAUGGUUGCUUGCAGACUAUCCUGCAUCGUGCGAUCGACGAGAAUAAGGAACAGGCGGCCAUGUUUCUCAUCAAAAGUGGCUGCGAUCUGGACUCGCCGCGGCAACCGGGUCCCCAGGGGCAGGGUGGCGACGAGGCGAAGGAUAAGGCAUCACCGCUGCAUCUCUGCUGCCAGUGGGGCCUACGGAACGUUCUGCACACCCUGAUCGACCAUGGAGCGAACGUGAAUGCGAUCGAUUGCGAUCUGAAAACGCCUUUGCACGUGGCGAUUGAGAACCAGCACGAGGAAAUAAUAGGCAUUCUGUUGUGUCACCCAGGCAUCGAUCUAAAGAUACGGGACAAAACGGGCAACACACCGUUUGCGGCCGCGCUGCAGGUGCGCAAUAACAAGGCCGCCCAAAACAUCCUCGAGCGGCUACCGAAUGCGGCCGAACAGAUCGAUCAGCGGGGGCGCAACUUCCUGCACCUAGCGAUCAUGCGUGACGAUCUCGAGUCGGUGCUGUUCCUGCUAUCCAUCCAUGUGGACGUAAACUCGCGCGUCCAUGAUGUAAACCAAACGCCACCGCUGCACCUGGCGGCGGCCUCCGAGAAGGAGAUGCUCAUCCGGAACCUCAUCCUAGCCGGGGCGCGACUGAACGACCGAGACGCGACGCAGAAAACGGCCCUCCACGUGGCAGCCGAGCGGGGAACGGUGGCGGCCGUAUCGGCACUGCUACAGAACGGUGCCGAUUUUGAUGCAGUGGAUGGAGACGGUAACAAUGCUCUACACAUUGCCGUCCGCGAGGGACACAUCGGGGUCGUGCGCGAACUGCUGACGGAAUCGGAGCUCAACGCGGAAGCUGUCAACCUGAAGGGGCGCAAUCCACUGCAUGAGCUGUGCCGCUGCGGGAAGGACAACACAUCGGCCGCCAUCCUGGAGCUGUUCAUCGAGUGUAUGCCAAACUAUCCGAUCAACAAUCCGGACGUGCAGGGCAACACGCCCCUGCUGUUGGCGUACAUGCGGGGCCAGGCGCAGCUGUGCCGUAUACUGGUGAAAAAAGGUGCCUGCCUGGGAGCCGAGAACAAGGAGGGCUUGACGAUAUUCAACUUUAAGCUAGCCACCAACCAACUGCUGCACCGUUUGCUGGACGAACUGCCGCAGGAAUCACCCUGGGCUUCAUCGGAGCUGUGCCAGGAGUGUGGCACCAAGUUCACGCUUACCAUGCGAAAACAUCACUGCCGCCACUGUGGGCGCAUCCUUUGCAGCCGGUGUUCGAACAACGAUGUGCCAAUCAUCAAGUUUGGCAUCAACAAACCGGUGCGCGUGUGCUCGGUCUGCUUCGAGGUACUCCAGAUCGGCAGCGGUGGAGUGUAAGAACAAUUUUUCGAACAAAUAUGGACCUCCUCGUUUCACUUGGACCAUUCACGUGCACGUGCAUAUGAUCUGAGCUUCUGCAGGAAGUGUGGCACGCGAGAUAAUAUCCUGUGGACGACGCAGCCCCGGGCACGACAUACCCGCCCGUACGCCUCGUCCCACAUCUCAGAGCAUUAUUUUUUUUCUUUUCUUCUAUCGAUUCAAUAUUUUAUGAAGUUUUUCGUUAUUCGUAAAGAGACGGUUAUUUAUAUACAUAAUAACACACACAAACUGGAACAAACAUCAAAAUAUAACGACACGUACAAUUAAUGCA